UGACGCAACACUUACAGAGCUGGUCAUCCACUAGCAAACAGGCGUGGAAUAGCUAUAGCUAAUGCUACCAUAGCAUUACUUGAUAGAUGAGUUGUAUAUCUGUAAUUUCAUUGUUCACCGGGCCCAAUCUGGUGCAGUAACUUCGGACGAGCUCCGACACACUUGAGGAACGUGAUUAACGGCGACCAACGAGGAUGUUUAAGAAAUUUGACGAGAAGGAAAAUGUGUCCAACUGCAUCCAGCUGAAGACAUCGGUGAUCAAAGGCAUCAAAAAUCAGCUGCUGGAACAGUUUCCUGACAUCGAGUCAUGGCUCAAUCACAUAAUGCCAAAAAAGGACCCAGUAAAAAUAGUGAGAUGCCAUGAACACAUUGAAAUCCUGACAGUGAAUGGAGAACUGCUUUUCUUCAGACAGAGAGAAGGACCUUUUUACCCAACGCUCAGACUGUUGCAUAAAUAUCCUUUCAUCCUGCCUCACCAGCAAGUAGACAAAGGGGCCAUUAAGUUUGUCUUGAGUGGAGCAAACAUUAUGUGUCCAGGGCUGACGUCACCAGGUGCUAAACUGUACCCGGCUGAAGCGGACACAGUAGUCGCUAUAAUGGCAGAGGGAAAACAACAUGCACUAUGUGUUGGUGUAAUGAAGAUGUCAGCAGAAAGCAUAGAAAAAGUCAACAAGGGCAUUGGAAUCGAGAACGUUCACUAUUUGAAUGACGGCUUGUGGCACAUGAAGACGUACAAGUGAUGAUAAACAUCUGCAACACCCAACACACACACACACACACCCAUAAAAAAUGUGCGGAGCUCUUGGCAGCAAGUCUUAAGCUGCCAGUCUACUGUUUACACCUACAGACUUAGCUGUGUAACCUGCUGGACGCUUUGAAUCAACCAUCCUUAUGCACAAAUAAAACAAAUCUUGCUUUAAA